GUUCACGCACAUAUAAAGCUGUUUAUAUAAUUUUAGAAGUUGCUCAUUUUUUAUUAAUAUUUAGAAAGCGUUCAAUAUUUGCAUUAAGUUUUUUUUUAGAAAAAUAUUUGCAUUAAGUAUGUGUGAGUUCACCCGCAAAAAAAUAGUACUCCUAUGUGUGAGUAUAAUGGGCCAAGAUGAGAGCGGGGACCAAGGGCCGAAGCCUGCUACAAGCCGGGACCCUGCCUUAGCGAGAGCCCGUAUCCGACUACCAACCGCGCCGCGCCGCGGCGACACUUCCAGAAAUCACCGCAAGAAUCCGCGCCAGCACCAGCACUAGCAGCAGAGCCAAAGCAACCAGAGUGUUCGCCGUUGUUCCUCUCUCUCCCCGAUCGUACCAGCUGCGUACGAGCAUCCAAGAAGAAUCGAAGGUGAUGCCUACGCCGCCGCUCCGGACCGUGCACCUGCGCCGGUCUCCCUCGCCGCCCGACGCCGCGCCAGAGUCGGCGGCCAUCGCGGUCGACGGAGGCGGCGGGGUGGACCUCGCCCUGGCGGGCCGCGCGCUGGGGCUUGACCCCGCCAGCGUCCGCCUCAACAGCUACUUCAUCAGCCGCGGCCCCGACCACGUCUCCACGGCGGUCACCUGGGGCGCGCUCCUCGCCUUCUUCGCCGCGCGCGGGCUGCCCACCGGCGCCGACCCCGCCGCGCCCGUCGCCGUCCGCGGCAGGCCCGCGCCUUCGCCACCACGCCCAGAUCCUAGAGUUCUUCAGUCCUCGAAGCGUAAGUCUGGGUUGGAGACAGAAAAUUGUUCCAAGAAGAGCAAGCUCCAACACAACAGCUCGGCUCUUUCAAAAUCUAGUGAGGAGCUACUUAGUGAUGAGAUCACCCUUGGUUUGAAGAGAAGACUCAGGUUGGACGAUAUGACUCCAUGUAAGAGGAUCAAACAAGUAGACUACAACUCAGAAACACAGCAGCCAGUCAAAUUCUCCUGCAGCUUCAUCAACGGGCAUGGAAAGCGGGCACGAGAUGAGGAGAUGGUCACCUCACUCCCAUGCAAGAGAGUCCGGUGAUAUGCCGAAUCUAUCCUGCAGACUGAGACUUUUGUGUCACAAGUCUUGGUUACUCGAAACAACUCGCAGAGCUAAGAUUAUGUGAACUGACAUGGAUAAGGCUUAAAGCUAUGUGUAGAUGUGUAGAUUGGUCUGGAGCCAUAGUUUCAGGUUUGUAUCAAGUGCCAGUUGCAACCGUUGUAAGAUUUAGUAUUUCUUGUUUA